AUGUCAUCAACUACUUCUAACUAAGCAGCUGUUUAAAACCACGUUGCUAUAACAGAAGCCCUAUAGCAAAAAAAUAAUAUUUAAAAGGACGGAAUUAAAAUUGAUUAUAAGCACUCAGCCUUUGUUGAGUUUUGUAAAUAUAUGACAGGUCCUGCAGUAGUUUAAGCAGUUAAUAAGACAAUUUUCGCUCCUUUAGAAAGAAUGAAGAUCAUACAUCAAGCUUAAAAUGCUCUCUAUAUAAAUGAAAAAGCUAAAUUUAAGAAUUUCUUCUAAUUCCUUUAGAGAAUACCUACUGAGCAAGGUAUUAAGGCUUACUGGAGAGGAAAUUUUGCCAAUAUUAUGUACAUUAUACCCCGUACUAUAGCAUAGUUUGCAUUCUUUGAAAAUAUUAAUCACUUUUUCUUCCCUGCAGGUGAAAAGAAUAUAACCGAGUUAGAAUACGCUUUAAGAAAAUUUAGUGCAGCUUUAACUGCAGGUUUUUGCACUCUUUCAUUAGCAUACCCAUUUGAUUUAGCUAAAACAAGAUUAUCAUUAGAAUUUGCAAAAAAUAAAUAUGAUAAGUAGUUCACUGGUGUUUUGAGUGCUUUAGGAGAAACUAGAAGAAGAGGUGGUUUCACUGGAUUAUAUAAAGGCUUUUGGCUUGCUAACUUCACCAAUAUUCCUUAUUAUUUAACCCUCUUUACAAAUUUAUAGAUUUUCAAAUCCAUGAAUUAAAGUGAAGUCUCUAAUUCAGAGCUAUUUUAAUAUUUAGCUCCUGCUUCUAUUGCUGGCUUAGUCAGCACUCUUGUUGUAUAUCCUUUAGACACCGUCAAGAGAAGACUUUAAAUUAAUGGAUAUAAUGGAAAUUUCAUGUAUAAAGGAACUUGGGAUUGUUUCAAGAAGAUUUGGGAUAAGGAAGGUGCUUUAAGCUUAUAUAGAGGAAUAACUAUUACUUCAGUUAAAUUUUUAGGAAGUGCUGCUCUUUAAACUAUUCUUGUUGCUUAUUAUUCUUAACUUAAAAAAUAAUACUCAUUAUUUUGA